GAAUGUAAAGCUCAAGCUUGACUAUAUCAAUGAGAAGAACGGGCGCAUCAUGAUGAAUAUCACCAUGCCGUUAUAAAUACCUUCUCUCAUGCUAGACGCCCACUGGAAUCAUCAUCCACCUAACGAAACCCGCUUACCAUCGCUUAGAAGCCAAAACCAUAGAAAACCAUGUCGUCACUCAAAGUAAGGGAAGCCGAAGCCGAUUUCAAUGUUCCUGGUGCGGGCAAGCCCUGCAAGACUUGGUACAAGGUGUAUGGUACUCUCCCCCACCCACACAACCCACCUCUUGUAGUACUUCACGGGGGUCCCGGUUCAACCCACGAAUACCUCGACAUCCUCUCCGAGCUUACACGUCUCUUCGACGUACCCGUUAUACUUUAUGAUCAAAUCGGCAAUGGACGCUCCACGCAUCUUCCAGAGAAGAACGGAAACGUAGACUUCUGGACUGUGCAGCUCUUCGUCGACGAGCUGCACAACCUCCUGAACCACUUAAACAUCCAUGACAACUAUAACGUACUUGGGCAGAGCUGGGGAGGGAUGCUGGCAUCAGAGUUUGCAACGCGCCAACCAAAAGGCCUCAGGAAACUGGUGAUUGCUGACUCGCCAGCGAGUAUGGCGCUGUUUGUCAAGGUCGCAAACGAGUUGAGGAAGGGGUUGCCGCAGGAAGUCCAGGAUGCGUUGAAUAAGCACGAGGCAGCGGAUACAACAACGGAUCCAGAGUAUAUUGCUGCAAUGAAUGAAUUUUACAAGCGGCAUUCGUGUAGGCUCGAUCCAGUGCCUCAGUCCCUGGUGGACGGGCUUGUAUGGAUGGAAAAGGAUCCGACUGUACACUCAACCAUGAAUGGACCGAAUGAAUUUAACAUCACUGGCUAUCUGAAGACGUGGAACGUGAUUGACCGGCUGCACAAUAUUCAGGCGACGACAUUGCUCAUCAACGGGAGGUACGAUAUAACCCACGACAUAGUUGUGGAGCCCUUCUUUCAGCAUAUCCCGAAAGUCCGAUGGGUGCAAUUUGCGGACUCAGCGCAUGUCCCGCAUCUGGAAGAGACGGAAAGGUUUAUGCAGGUGGUGUGGGCCUUCUUGCGUGGCUGAAGCGACUGGGAGUGUAGAGGCAGCAGAAAAGAAAUGGUGACGGGGUGCACAGUCAGGGUGUAUGAUACAAGUCAUAAGUGCAAGGUGUAAUAUCGAUAGAUUGACACUGCAAGGCCUCCAACCGCAAAUUGAUUACAUCAGUUCAGCAUUGAUCUAUUGAGCGCUCACCUUUCCCACUCAACAGACAAAUUUUUCACAUGACACGCCUACAUCGCCUAGCAGUUUGCCGAGUCCUGUGAACA